CAUGUUCAAAUAUGGCGACUGACGGGAUUCGUAGUCAGCUGUUGUUUGACAUAUUUACUACCCAAAACAAAGCCAUUAGUGAUUUUCAUUUUUAUAUUUAUACACGAUAAUGUUAAAAGAUUAAAACAACGUGUCGGCGAGCACGUUCUUUCGGGAAAUAUGAGUAAUUUAGUUAACUAUUAAACUGCUAGUUUCUACGGUAAAUAUCCUCAAUAUUUUUUUGAGGUUGGUGCCAAUCAGUAGACACUUCAGACAAACAUGGAUUUCCUUCAAUCCGAACUACAUAUCCCUCGUAAAUAUCUACUUUCAAUUGAUGGGAGAAUCAAUGCAACAGUCCACAAGAACUGGUUAUCCAGUUUACAAACAAUAGGACGAAUCGACUUUAUUUUUCAUGAACGAUUGUCAGCUGAUGAGAUUAUAGCACAACCGUCUUUAGAUGAAUUAGGACCCAAUUGGACAAGAAUUUAUGUGAAGGUUUAUGAGAAACAAUUCAGGAAUACAAUUCCACUACCAAGAGAUAAACAUUCCAUUAGCUCGAAGGUACAUUCAGAUUUGACCUUUGCUCAACUACUUCGUUAUGUUUCCGAGACGAAUUACAGAAACCUGUGGAAAGAAGCCUACAAAAAAUAUUAUAGUAUAUGGAACGCACCGGAAUCAAAGGAGCAGCUCCUCUUGACUCCAAGCAGCAGUGAUGUCUCUGUAAUGCACGAAGUCUUAACAAGACUGUACGCAUGUCCACUAGUGCACCUUCAAAACAACCAUGUGAUUUCCGUAUCCCCGAGUACAAAUGCCCGUCCACACUGCAAUCUCCUGCCAGCGAUAGUUGCCAUUGAGACACCAUCAGCUUUCAUAACACUCCAUGAGCAGACUGCCAAAUACUCUCUCCAAGUAUGCAAUAUGUACAGUCCAGCAGCAUUAUCAACAGGCUACAGCAAACCUCUGUUUAUCGUGUAUCAAUUACUACGGUUAUCCAGAGAUUUACACGACUCUGGUUUAGCACUCGGAGAGAUAACCCUCAGCGAUAUUUUAUUACUUGACAAUUACACCAUUCUAGUGCUGCCAAAAUUAGAUGAUAACAUAUAUGUGAAAGUGGAUGAUCAAUUUGAGAAUUCAGAAAUGUAUGAAAAAUCUAUAUUUUUGAAGAAUAAAAUAUCUCAGUCUUUGAGACCAUCAUUUCCACCCAGAGGUCCAGAUUUUGGAGUGAACGAGAAUUUAGAAGAAUUGUGCGAACAGUGGCUUCAUGGACAAUUGAGCAAUUUUGAUUACUUAACUGCGCUCAAUAACUUGGCUGGACGGAGAUUUGGGGAUCCCUGUUGUCAUCACGUCAUGCCCUGGGUCACGGAUUUUACUUCAAGGUCUGGGAAGAAUUGGAGGGAUCUGACAAAAUCGAAAUUUCGAUUAAAUAAGGGGGACAGGCAGUUGGAUCUCACGUUCGAAUCGCAGACAUCUGAAUGUGGACAUCACGUGUCUGAUGUUCUGUCGGAAAUUACGUACUAUGUGUAUUUAUCGAGGAGAUAUAGUAGAACUGUACUUUGUAAACAUGUGAGGUCACAUUGGGUACCUUGGGAGUAUCCUGCAUCGAUUCAGCGGCUACAGGAAUGGAGCCCCGAUGAGUGUAUCCCGCAGUUUUUUAUGAGUCCAGAUGUUUUUAAGUCAAUUCACGAAGACCUUCCUGAUCUGGAGCUACCCAGUUGGGCCCGAUCACCAGAGGAUUUUAUCGAGAAACACCGCGAGGCUCUGGAGAGCCACUACGUAUCAGAGCGCCUCCAUCACUGGAUUGAUUUAACAUUUGGCUACAAAUUGUCCGGUGUUGCUGCGAUAAAGGCGAAGAAUGUCUGUCUACACCUAGUGGAUAAUCACAUGAACCUAACGAAUGCUGGUGUGGUGCAAUUAUUCACACAACCACAUCCACAGAAAAUCAUUCCAUCACCGUAUUGGAGUAAAUCUGCCCCUCGAUUACGGAUCACCAAUUCAAAAAUACCGAUAAAGACUGAUCGAUCGGACCAAAAGAGUGAGGACGAAGGGCAUAGUUCGGGUUUGGAGGAAGAGGAUCCUCCUCCCACGACCCUGAGUGUGGCUCGUUCCUCUCCCUUAGCUCUCAGCCGCCUACUCAGUCGGUCCCGGGGCUCCCUCUUGGCCCCAGAGGAAACAUCACGUCCCGACAAAUCCUCCCAAAUCAUUCAACUCCCGAAGGACUACAAUCCCCUUUCCGCUCUCCUCCAAGUAGAAUCAACCCAUCUAUUCAUUAACAAAAUCUCCCAUCGCCCUUAUAACCCAAAAAGUUCAUCUCACCACAGUCCUUCUAACUACCGUCAGGUCGUAGCUUGCGCCCGCAUAAAAGAACAGCAGAUUCUCGGUUGCCUUAUCCUCGAGAUUUUCCUGCCCACCAAAUUCCGAGCGACCUGGAACACUGGCAAGUCGUCUUUCACACGUCGCCUGGAGAUCUGUAUAAAUAUUUUGACUCAAACUCCCGAAAUCCUGCCGAAGUGUGUGAGGAAUGCAGUGGGACUUUUACUUCAGGUGGAAAUCACCCCAAAGAGUUACGGAAUGAAUUCCGUCGAGUCCAACGAUCCCCUUGACACAGCCCUCUUUCGUUACCCCACUGUGACUCCCAUGGGCCUUCCGCCACCCUCAGCCCAUCAGUUCCUCCAACCGAUUCUCUCCAGCAGUUUAUUUCCUUCAUCAAAGUACUUCCAACAUCUCUUCAACGUCAUCGAAAUGCUCCAAGAGUACGAGAAACUCGUACGAGAUCUCAACGCUCUUUUCAAGGACGAGGAAAUUACUGAACUUUACUCACUGAGUACAAGAACGAAAAUUCAAUUUCUAUGUAAAAUCAGCGAAUGUAAAGUUAAAGCUGUAGCUAGAGAGUUGGAGAAACUUCUCAUAUUUGCUGGAAAUUCAAUGGAGUCUAGCUUGCAAUUGGUAGUUCCUCAUAUUAAACAAAUGAUGGAAGAACCAUACAGUGCAGUUCUUGCAGCCUGGUACCUUUUCGAUCCUAUUGCGAAGUCCUUGGGACCAAAGGAAAGCUCGGAAAUAUUUUUAAUACCGAUUGUUAAGCUCUACGAGAACGGUUCUAUUAUGGAUAGUAUGGCGUCUAUGGACUGCCUUCCUCCGAAUACAUUCGCCAAAUUUAAAACCAUGAGGCUAUAUCACAGAAGUUUCCUAUUGAAACUGAUGGUACGUCUGGGACUUCGAAGAUUCUUAGAUCAUUUCAUAACUCCACUUGUUGAAGCUGUUGGAUGCUACAGGGAUUCUCCUCAGGGUCCCUCUAGUCCCAACUGCAGGAGAACAGGAAAUUUGAAGACUUGUGACUUGAGUGAUGGAAGUGGAGAUAUUGAGACAGUUUUAUCUCCUUUGGAUGAAGACUCAUCGAUUGACUCCGAAAACAAUCAAACAUCGAUAAUAAUAUCUGUACCCGAGGUAGAUAAGCCGAGUGAGAUAGAGGUCGAGGUAUUUUCCAUGGAAACUGAAGAUGUAGUAUCACCAGUUGACAAUGCUAAAUCACGAGACAUUCAAUUGGAACUGAAUCUCAAUUUUAUUGAUGACCUCGUCGACGAUGGGUCGAGGCUUUCGCCCUCUGGUGCCGUUAAAUCUCCAACUAUUCCAAUCCCAAAAACAGACAUACGAAGUACGAAAUCGGUGAUCGAAUUUAACAGUAUUGGGUGUCAUGUGGGAAGCAAGACAUCGAGCGAGGAUAUGCCCCUAGUUGGUUCCUACACCGGAAACGUUCCCAUUACAACUGUGGCUUCGGAAAAUCCAGCAAUUAUGCUGGACACUGAAAAUAGGAAAACGAUCUUCUUGAAUAUCUCGGGCGAUUCACCGGAGGACGACAUCGACACUUCCAAUAGAAAAACUGAAAAAACGCUGAUUCAAGAAUCCAAAGUCUCAGACAUGAGUGCUGAGUCUGUCAUUUGGCUGUCUCAUCGACUCGGUCCAGUCUUGACAGCUCGAUUCCUCUCUCGGAAUCUCCUGAGAAUGCUUUCAUUAUGCUACGUGGGACGAGCUAACUUGUUCCCAGUCGAUGAUGAUUCCUCUCAAUUAAUAGGGGAUGUCAAUGCUUCGAAGGUUUUGGAAUCCUUGUCAGCGAUUGCGAGUCUUUACGGAGAGCAAAUGAUCUUGGUACAAUAUUUUGGGCACAUGGCCGAGCUAUUGACCCUCUGCAAGCGAAAGCUAACACCCAACCUUGAAGGUGGCUUGGUUUCAUGCUUAACAUUACUAACUCACAUCACUUCGUAUCUAUCUGAUGCUGCCUUAAUGGACGCUUUGAAUGAGACUAUCGUCAGAUCGAUUCUGCAUCCCACUGUGAGGAUUUUGUCUACAACCAGGUACACUUAUCCUUCGGGUGCAAUUGCGAGACAGGCACUCGCGGAUAAAUUUUUAGACGCAAUGUCCAGUUUAAGUAUACGGCUGGGAUGCAGCGCAACCAAAUGCCACUUAUCUGUACCUAUUCAAAGGUUCUUCCUAGCAUUCGAUAAGGUUUUUUCUGAUAAAUUAGAUAUUCAGGAAGAUAAGAAGCGAGGAGAUGCUUCUGAAAGAUUCAAUCAUUCCCCGAGGAGCGAAGGACAUGUCGAUGAAAAUCGAAGACCUGAAGCUCAAGAUUGGACGUUGGUGGAUUCAUCUGCUUGUCAGAAUUUUGGAUUAUCAUCGGAAGUUGUAGUUUCAUAUUCUCCACCGGUUGUUGAUCACGAUGGAUCCAACAUACAGAGGAAUCGAGCUUAUGAAGAAUUGAAACAAGUUUUCACAUCAGAAUUCGCGUACAGAUCAUAUCUUCUUUUUUAUAGAUUCAUGGACGAAGGAAUCAUAAAUGAAAUAUUGAAGAAUCACCAGUUGAUUCGAGAUUUGUGUGAUGAGUACAGCGAUUCAAUCUCUAUCGCAGAUCAGGGCAUCAGUAGGUCAGAGACCUCUUGCACACUGACUGAUGAACGACUGGAUGAUAGAGACAUUAUCACAAAGGGUGCAGGAAGUUUUGGUAAUAUGUCUGUGAUAGGAAAUAGAAUCGAAAUGGGAGAAAAUAUCGAACCUUCGCCUCCUCGUGAAAUUACAAUCUCCUCCAGUGGUCGUCAGCUCCGAGGAAACUGGCUAGCCUAUUGGGAGCAUGAGAUUGGAAGGCCUGAUAAGCAUUUGAACUUCAACAUGAAGCAGAUUAAGCUCCAGAAUUUCUCAGGUCACACGAACAGUGUGAGAUGCCUCUCGGUAUUGGAUAAUGAAAAUAGUUUCAUGAGUGGAGCACGGGAUAAAACAGUUAAACUAUGGAGUAUCAGGAGUCAAGGGGACGGUGGGGCAGUGUCGUCGUGUCAGUAUACUUACACUGGUCACAAAAAGUCAAUUUUGGCGUUAACAUUCUUAGAAUCGUUGAGAUACGCAAUCACUUGCGAUGGAACUAUUCAUUGUUGGGAUCCAUUCAUGGGUUCGUUAUUGGGAUGCCCUGAGAGCUCCAGACCAGCACCAGUUAAUACUCUGGUUGCCAGUAACGCUCCGGCUACGACACUUCUAGCAGCGACUACUGACAUUACAUUGAGAAUCAUUGAUUGUAGGAAUUUUCAGUAUGUAAAUGAGAUGAAAGUAGCGAUGAAUCCAACUGGAUUGAUUAGAUGUAUUGUGGUGGCACCUAGUGGAAAUUGGGUGGCUUUGGGACAGGCUUCUGGGGUUCUCACCAUAUUGGACAUCCGGACUGGACUAAUUAUUGCCUCGUGGAAGGGUCACGAGUGUGAGAUUUUACAGUUGAAGGUGAUUAAUGAGACGACGAUUGUGAGCUCCUCUUUGGAUCAGACCAUAGCUGUCUGGAGUGCUAUCGAUGGAAAACUCAAGUUUCAUUUGAAAGGAGCUACUGAGCCUGUUCAUUGUAUGGAAAUAUAUGAACAGCAGUUGAUUUCGGGAACAACUGCCAAUCGAAUUGGGGUACAUACUGAAUUCAGUGGGAAUGCGUCUUUCUCAUCUUCAAAGUUGAGGUCAGACGCGUUCAAGGGUGUGCUGACAGCAAUGACUGUUCUACCACUCAAUAGAUUACUGUUACUUGGGGCUGAUAAUGGGGGGAUUACUUUGCUCUGUUGAUGAGAGCUCGAGAUGUAAAGACAAACACGUGUAUCAAUCGGAACUGCCCUCCAUUAAUUGUGUGAGACAAUAUGUAUUGAAAUUGCAGUCAUUAUUAUAAUCUCAUGGUAAUAAUAAAUUAUUAUAAAAUGGCGAGUGAGUCGAUAUGCCUGCGACACACCCAUUGAUUUUAUGGGAUAUAUUAUUAUACGUCAGUGGUGUUGAUCAUUUGGCAAGUGAAAUUUUAUUUGCUAGAUAAUUAAAAUAACAACCCAGAUUAGAUGUGCUGUGAUAGAUAUCUACUUUAGAUUAUUAAAUCGCGCGUGGAAUGGAAAAAUUAUCCGAAGAUACCGAGGGUUCAUCAGUUUAGAUGUCUUCAUAGAGACAUGUCACGUGCAAUUGUAUCUUUUACACUUACGCUUGCCUGGUGUUAAUAGUUCCAUACGCUGGAGCCCAAAAAAUGAAAGACUCUGAUCAUACUAUGGAAUUUUGACAUGCGAUAAAUUUUCACAGUGACUUUCCUAUUUUAUAGCUCUUUUCCGCGAAUUACAGUAGUCGUUGAUAGUCACGAUGAGGAUGAGUUCCUUCACCACAAUUUUGCCGGGAAAAAAUUAUUUCUUACAGAGACGUUGAACCGCAUGCGAAUGUUCUUCUAUCAAACAUAUGGUUUCUUUUUUCAUCGAAAUCCUUUUUCAUAUGUAUGAAUUCCUUGCUGAUGGUUACCGCAUUUCUCUUUGCAUAAUAGAACUGCAAUUGUACAAAAAGAA